AUGGACACUUUUGGGAACUGUGUCUACAACCUGCCAGAACACGGCGAUGAUUCAAGCAACGAUUGGAGAAAAUGUGCCGUGGCCUCGUGCGGGAAACUUCUCUAUGGGACAAAUGAUCAACCCGAAGUUGGAGAGUCUCGCUCGUUCGCAGUGUACGUCCUGGGCGGAGUUUUGGCCGUGACUUUGAUCGUUUCACUAUUUCUGGUAUUGGCUAUUUACAAGAUCAAGAAGAAAUCUCAAUCUUCUGUGAGCAUUGAGAAGGAGGAGGACGUCCAUUACGCCGCCUUAAAGCAACGCACUUCUAACAGGCCCAGAACAGCUGCGGGCGGAACCAACACCGAUGUCUCCUUGGCCUUCCUUCCUGACCUCUCUGGUGUCUCCUCUGCCUUCCUUCCUGACCUCUCUGGUGUCUCCUCUGCCUUCCUUCCUGACCUCUCUGGUGUCUCCUUCGCCUUCCUCAAUGACCUCUCUGGUGUCUCCUCGGCCUUCCUCCCUGACCUCUCUGGUGUCUCCUCAGCCUUCCUCCCUGACCUCUGA